AUGUCAGCAUCAACAACAUCAUCAUCAUCGUCAAUAGCAACCAAGAACCAACCGAGCAGCAGCAUGUUUAUAAUGGUCCAUAGCAAUGAACGUGGAAGAAAUACUUCGAAAUCUUUACCUCUUAGUGGAGGCCGCACCAACAGCCGGAAAAAAAUUAAAUCAAAAACUCAUAGAUCUAAGAGCAACUCACGAAAACUUCCUCAAAAUGAACCCGAAAUCUAUACACUACCAAAACCCAUUAAACAAAACUCCCCACAAAAACCGGACAAUUUGGAAAAACCUUAUUUGAAUGAUGUUGAGUAUAAUUUACGAUUGAGACAACUAAUGGAGGAGUUAGUGCUCGGAAGCCACAUGGAAAAUAAACAUGAAAUAACUACACAACAAUAUCUAGAAACAAAAUAUACUCAAGAACCCAACAAGAUCAACAACAAAAAUCACUCUCCAAAUUCAAUCUCCGAUAAUAAUUCGAGUGCAAUAAAAAUUGAUAACAAAUCACAAGAAACACAACAUAAUUCUUCAAUUAAAGAUUCGCUUUUCGAUUAUGUGCUAUUGGAGUACUUGACAAACACUAAACAAAAUCUAGAAAAUAUUGAAAAUGGCAAUUCAACAAGUUCAACUGAUCAUCAAAAGAUACGGCAGCAAUUGGAAUUUCUACAAAAAAAUGCUGAUAAAUUUAAAAAAUUUCAACAAGUGCAAGAAAGAACCAAAAAUUCUACAUCACAAACUCAAUUGCACAACUUGGAGGAAAUGGAACAAAUUUUAGAGAAUUUCUUAAACACCAAUUUAAAUGAGACUUCUUUAGGUAGCUUUAACAAUCAAAGUAACUCUCUGAACUCCAAACCUAAUACGCAGAAUGACACAAUUAAUGAUAAAGAGAUAUUGAUUAAAAACAAAUUCACACAACAUUCAAACAUUUCAAACGUCCCACAACCAACUGCUGCUCAAAGUACAACGCAAAUGCCACAUUCUGUUAAUGAUUUUAAUGUGACAAAACAGUACAAUGUUCGUGGAGACUACAACUAUUCCGCACCAAUUAGUCUUGCAGAAUUUCUCAAGAAAAUGAAUUCAAAAGAAAAUCCAAAUAUCGAAGAGAAAUCAUUUAAUAACAACACUUCUUCUUCAAUUUUAAACCCAAAUGUUACCGACGAUAAGGCAACGAUGGGUCUGGAAACUAGUACUGCUCUUCCUAAGCCAAGCAAUAUUGAAACGAUCUUGAAAACUAAUAAAAGCACUGACACAACUGCGAAUAUGCUGGAGAUACAAACAAAGUCACAUUUGGAAAAGUUAAGCGAUUGGAAAAAACCCCUCAUAAUCAUAAAGCAAAAUAUGGAAUCAAUGAUGAGGGAAAACAGUACAACCACUGAAAUUAAUUUAAAUACAAAAUCAAAUGCUUCUAGUAACAAUGCUAAUAUUAUUGCCAUUUCCAAAAUAUUCGAAAAUAUUCCCAAUGAUUUUGGAUUGAAAUCUAAUAUUGCUCUUUCAGUUCUCGAUAUCAAUAGGAACAUCUCCAACACAAAAAAUCAAGAUCAUCAUAUCCUUUUAACGGAUGAUUCAACCAAAAACAAUUAUUUAGAAAGGAAUCACAUCAUAGAAAUUACCAAAGACAAUAUUAAGCCUAAUAAUAGCGCUACUCAUGAUCUUUCCGACAUUGACAUUGAAAAAACAUUAUUAGAAAAUACGAGUGAAAAUAUUGUUGAGGCUCUUGAUAUGGCCACAGAAAACUUAGAAACAUAUUCAAGAACUUCAACACCGAUCAGCAAAGAUGUACAUUCUAAUUUUAAAAUAGACUAUCAACAACAGAACCCUCAUAUAUUAGAAACAAAAAACACAAAUGAGAAUGUCGAAUUUAAUACACCAACAAACUGGAUCCCAGAAUUGAGAACAUUAACAAACGAACCGGAAUUUAAUGAUACUUCCUCCGAUCCAAAUGUAGAUUUUAUAAGUAAUCCUUCUUUAAUUAAACUAAAGCCAACAGAAUUAAAACAACCAACACACUCUGAAAUGGAUAUUCCGGCUGAAAUCGAUGAGAUAACAGACACUACAACAACAGCUAAUUUACUUCUAUCUAAUUAUUCCAAUGAAGGUAUAACAACAAAAGUGCCUUACAGAGACACCACACUAAAUUUCAUAGAAUCUGAGACAUCUUCAGCUACGAUUAUGUCAAAUUCACUAUCCUUGCUAGCGGGGACAACAGCAAACUAUGAAAAUUAUUUUACAACCGAAUUUCCUCAUAAUAGUACAAUGUCAUCAAUAGAGAUGUAUAAACAUGAAACUGACGCGGGCAGUGAAGAGAACCAUGAAAACUUAUUUACAACUGUAUCAUCCAAAUUCUUGGAUGAAGUACCAACAACCGAAUCAUCUUCCGACGUUCCUACAAUCAAUAACAAUGAAUAUUUAUACGACGGCAUUGACCACACAGAUUUUCCUUUCACAAGUGUAUUUUCGAAUUCCAACAUGACUUUUGACAACGUAAUAGAAAAUAUUAUUGAUCAAGGAAUUAAUACAAAUACAUCAAUCGAUGACAAAAUAAAUAAGCUACUGCCUACAACAGUAUUGAAUAAAAACUACUCUAUUUCUGUUUCAAAGAAUGAUGAAAUUUUAGAAUACCAAAAGGAAAAUAAUAAUACUAAAGUAUUUUCUGAAAACGAUUCGAAUGAUUCAACAGAAUUUUUAAUUGAGCAGACUACUCAACUACCUUCUACGAUAAAUAUUUUAAAUCCAACUUCAAAUGAGGAUUUCCCUAAUCAUGAAGAUAAUCUAAAAAUUAAAAAUAUAAAUCUCAAUGAAACUGAAUACACUAAGGAACUAGCAGAUAUAUUGACUACAACAAAUGUCCCAGCAAUUCAAAAGACGACGGAUUUUAUAGAUUUGCCUGCAACUACAGGCAUUUUAAACUAUGACAUUUCGGUUGAUAAUACAACGGAACCGUUCUCUGCAAUAGGACACCAAAAUGAUUUAUUAACUACAACAGAAAUUCCAGAUUAUACUACGCCUGAUUCUAGUACUGAAAUCCCCAGAAUUACAACAACUCAUAUACCAAAUAUCGAUGACGAAUUUGUAUUAAAAAAUACAUUAAGUAAAUCAGAACCUACUAUAAGAAUUGCAGAAUUUUUACUACAGUCGAAACACAAUAAAACUGACGAAAAUUUUAAUCUCAAUCUGAUUUUACCAUCUUCAGUAAAUGCAUCUCUCAAAGAUUCUGAAGUCACACAAGCAUCGCAAUCAUUUAAUAAUGAGUUCCCAAUAGCAAUUGUUGAAGAAUUAGACUUUUCCAAUGAAGACGAUUAUUAUGAACAGCAAAGUACUGAAAACGAAAUGGAACUAAGACAAACUACCAAAUCUCAACCAAUCAAAGAGUACUCCAGUAUACAAACAUCUGAACAACCUUUACCACCAGCAAGUUCUGAAAUAAACAAUGUGUCUGUAUCGGCUGAUAGUGCGGAUUAUGAUGUAUCCACAACAACUGCAUCGUCACAAGAAACAACUGAAUUUCCUACAAAUGAUUAUCCAAUUGUAAGAACAGAACAAAUAAAUUAUACAAAUGGUUCGACCGCAAAUUCGAAUGAAACAAGUACAGAAUUUCCAGAUGAAAACGAUUCGCCACUUACAAUAAUCAAUACAGACAUUAAUAGUUUAAAAUCAGUUGAAAGCUAUAAUGCUGACACUGUUGGAAGCACUGAAAAUCCUGAGACUCAACAAAAUGUUUCCGAACUAAUCAUAAAUUCUAAUUCUACGUUGAAGUUACAAGACAAUAAUAAUAACAUCGAAAAAUCGAAAUCAACUCCAUUUGAGUCAAAUACUGUGAAAAAUGAUGAGCAGAAGAACCACAUUGAACUACGUAGAGAUAAUAUGAGUAUAGCCAAAAUAAAUGAUUCAGUCAAUAUCCCUACGAUUCAUACAGUAGACAAAAGUGGGAACAUUGAAGAGGAUUUUGUAAGUGAAACAAAGUUUUUGAGAAACGAAUCUGAAGUGUAUCAAUAUACUACUCCUCGCAUCGAGUAUUUUACUAUAUCUCCUAAAGAACUAUUUAAUAAUGAAAAUAUGGAAGAAGAAUACACUGAAAUUCCAGACUCACAGAAUAUUGAUGAAGAAUAUUUAUUAACCUCCACAACUACUCAUGCUAACAACGACAACCAUGAAAUAUUGCUAAACAAUCUAAAUAAAACUGGUUUUGAAGCUCACGAAUCUGAAAUAUUAACUUCUGAAGUGUACACAGCUCCUUCCACCGAAUAUUUUACUAUACCACCUAAAGGUGAAUGGUUCAAUAAUGGCAUGGAAAGUAAAAGUCUCGUAAAAAUACAUGAAAUUGAAGGUCAAGAUGAAAAUAAUAUGGAUUCAUUAGAAAUGAAUAUUUCAAAACCAUAUUUAGAUGACAAAAUUGAAAUUCAGACAAACUUUAAUACUCAAAAUGGUACAAACACUUUUGAAGUAGUCUAUGAUAUAAAAGACAGUUCUGAACAAUCAUCGUCACAUGAAGCUUCAUUAUACUACGAAAAAACCAGCAACACAAAUUAUUCCUCAAAAUUCGUACUAGAAAAUAAUUCAACUGAUUCCUUUAAAGACACUAAAGAAAAUGUAAAUGAAAUUAAAGAUGAAUUAUCAAAUGUAGGAAGCACUAUAGUUGACAAAACCGAGGAUGUCAACAUUACACGUUUAAUUAAAAAGAAUGAUUCGGAAAUUACCUCUUCUAUUGUUCAUUUAUUAACAAGUGAAAUAUCUGCUGGAGAUGAAGAUCAAAAGACUUUUAUGAAUAAAAAUAAAACAUCUCAACAUGAAAAUGAAACAUUAAAAACAACCAACAACAAUGUUCAAGACACGCCGAUUAUGGAAAUAAAUGAUACAACUACAUUAACCGACUCAAUAAAUCCAUAUUUACAAAUUAACGUGUCAUCGGUGGAUAAGAAUUCGUUCUCGUUAUCUCAUACUAUAUCUGAUAAAACCUUAGAAUUCGACUACAAUAAAACUUCCAAUUGGCAACACAAUGGAGAAGAUUUCAAAAUAGUUCCAAAGGAUUAUAAUAUCAUGCAGGACAACAAAGUGUUACCCACGUCUUUAAUCCAUAAUAUAAAGAACAAUACUAUUGAAACAUUAACAAUUGGUUAUAGCGAUUCUCUUAAAUAUUCCUUACCAAACAAUAUAUCCAACGAGAACAAAACCAAAAUAUUGGUUUCAGCUGAUAUAGAAACUUCCACAAUAAUAUGUGAUACAGCUGAUCCCAUGGAAGAGGACGACGAUGAACAGAUCACAGAAAUCCCAGAAUCACAGAAAGCUAGUAAUGAAUUUGAAUAUUCCUUUCCAAACAAUAUAUCCAAUAACAACAAAUCCAAAAUAAUGGAUCCAGCUGAAACGGAAGUAUCUAAAAUCAUAUUUGAUACAGCCGAUUCCAUGUACAAUGAUGACUAUGGAGAAUAUGCGGAAAAUCCAGAAUCACAGAAUAAUUUAAAUGAUUACACUUUGAUCAAUAAUACUGAUUCCAAUAACACCGGAGAUAAGCAAUCUACAUCGGAAUCAAUUUUCAAUCUGUCUGAUAUUUUAAUCAAACCCAAGUUUGAAGCUUCUAAAAAAGCGGAGACAACAACUACAGAUACGGAUGAAAAUGAAAUACAGCUUCUAAAAGAAAACAAACCAAACUCACCAAUUGAUAUAUCCAACGAGAACAAAGCAAAAAUAUUGGUUCCAGCUGAGAUAGAAACUUCCACAAUCAUAUUUGAUAUAGCUGAUUCCAUGGAAGGGGACGACGAUGAACAGAACACAGAAACCCCAGAUGAUGACUAUGUAGAAUAUACGAAAAUUCCAGAAUCACAGAAUACUUUAAAUGAUUAUUACACUUUGACCAAUAAUACUGAUUCCAAUAACACCGGAGAUAAUCAAUCUGCAUCGGAAUCAACUAUCAAUCUUUCUGAUAUUUUAAUCAAACCCGAUUUUGAAGCUUCUAUAAAAGCGGAGUCAACAACUACAGAUACGCAUACAAAUGAAAUGCCUCUUCUAAAAGAAAACAAACCAAACUCACCAACUGAUGACACAAGUACAAAAUUUGCUGGUAAUAGCUCAUCCCAAAAUACACAUGAUACUAAAACAAACUUUUCUUUAGAGGGCCUAACAAAAAAUGAAAAUAACAAUGAAGAAUACACCGAAAGUGCAGAUUCACAGAACAUCGAUAAAGAAUAUUUAAUAACAUCCACUACUACUGAUUCUAACGACGACAAUAUUGAAAUAUUACUAACAAAUAAAAAUUCUAUAUUAAGCAAUCUAAAUGAAAGUAGUUCUCAUGAACCAGCUAAUAUUUCGAAAGAAGUCAUUGAUUCUAUUAUUAACAAAUUACCAAUUGAUGAUAACAAUCUAUCUGGAAAAUACACACAACAUAAAGAAACUAGUUCUUUGUUAGAUCUACAUGAAGAAGAGAACAUAGAAACAAUAUUCCCUGAUAUCCCAAGUAUAAAGAACAAGGAUGAAGACGUAGUAUUAUCUACAACUGCUGAACCUUCAAAUGUUUUAGUCACAUCAGGCACGACACGUAAUAAUUUGCAUGUGGCUUCGGUCGAUUCGAUCGAUUUUAAUAAAAAUGGUUUAAAUUUAACUGAAACAGCUAAUACGACUUUUCACGAUAUAACCGAUAGCAAAAUAAAUCAAGACGUAAAUGUUACACCUCCAACUGAAAUGGUUGAAACUGUAACUGAAGUGGUUUGGUUAACUCAGUCAAUCUCUUACAACAAACCAUCCAUUAUCAUAGAAAAUGUACCAUAUGAAACCUCAAUUACCGGGCCCCUGUAUACGAUCUCUAAUGAUCUUACCAAUGCAGCAAAAAUAAAAGUUUUAAAGCCAGAAGAGAAAUCCGACCAUCUUAAUGAGUUAAUUGCAAUAAUUGGUAGCUCAUUGCAGGAAUCAACACAGUCAAAUGAACAUCCACAACAGAAGAAACAUGAAAAUGAGAAUCAAAAGGACUAUAACAGGACUAAAGAACAUAGCCAGCAGAAAAUACAAGAAGAUGUGACAUUAACAGUCAAUUGUCAUACACCAACAACGUCAUUUUCAAUGCCAUCAACGCCAUCAUCAGCAUCGACAAUGGCAGUAGCAGCCGAAGAUGAUGACACUGAAACAGAUGAAGAUGAAACAGAGGUAAACAACAGGAGUGCUGUAAUCGAAAAAACUAUUGGAAAUGACAAACAAAACAUUGAAAAGUGGUCAACAUUUAAAAACAAUCAACUGCAUAAUGACAGUUUAACUAAAUCCGACAAUCUUGGCAUAAAGGAGAAUGCUAAUGCUGACGACGACGACGACGAGCACGAUGCUGAUGCUGAUACUGCUGAUGUAGAUGUAGAUGUGGAUGCCUUUGUUAAUGUUACAGAAGAUGUGGAUGAUGGUAUUGACGAAGGUACAACUACUUACAUGCGAUUAGAGAUGAAUGUAGAAAACAAGGGCAUUGAAAAUGGAAACAUUCACAAGAAUAGUGAUAAUGACAGAGUUGUUGAAUAUCAAAACAAUGACAACGGGUCAACAAUACAACAACAGCAAGGACAUGGCACAAACAAUGAAUUUAAAGCAUCACAAAACGAGGGAGGUAUAAAUGAAAUGUCAACAAUUGAAAAUAAAUUGCUCGACAUAUCAAAGAACAAAUCAAACGUUAUGACGAAAACGGCAACAAUCUUAUAUGACAAACUUGAAAUGGUCAAUAAUAAAUACACUAAAAAGGAUUAUCGAAAUAAAGGAAAUGAAAUGAUAAUCAAUAAGAACAUCAUCAACUCAAACUCAAUGUCUGGAAUAGAGACACCAAAUAAAGAUGACGAAAUUGAUGAUGUCGAAGGACGACCAAACGAUAAAAUAGAAAACAUGUUUGACAAUUUACUUAAAACACAAUCCUUUCCUGCCAUGACACCCUAUCAUUCAAACUCAAACGCCAACAACAGCAACAACAAAACUAACAAAAAUAUCCUUCCAUCCGCCCAAACGAAAGAGGAAAUUACAACGACAAAUUGGUGGCACUCCUUACCAUAUGCGGAAAUUAGAAAAUUUUUAAAUUCCAUCUUUGAUAGUGUUACAUCCACCGAUGAUUUCAGUUUAAAUGGAUCCGUCGAUUCAAUGGUUGCAACAGCAAAAGCACCAAAAACAAUCAAAACAACAACAUCGACAACCAGCGAUAACAAAUUCAAAACCAUAAAAGGACGGAAAUCAAAGAAAGAGCAAUGGCCAAUGUGGGUACUGAACAAUAUUUGGACAUCACUACUAUAA